AUGCCCGACUUGUCAGAAUCAAGCGAGUUUAUGCGAAUGCAGACUGAAUCUGCUCGUCCUGGAUCUAGUUCGCAGGCAGGACAUGUGCCUGGUACCUAUAACAAGUCAUUGAAGUCAAUUGCAUCGAACAACGGCAAUGGAUCAAGUACAGCUGUUGAUUCAGUUGGUGGAUUUGAAGGACUUGAACAUCGUCAAAUAAGAUCCAAUGAUAUUGAGCUCGAGUCUGCUCCACGGUACGCCAGCGAAAGUGAUCCUUAUAGUCUGUCAUCCGGUCUAAAGACCAAAUCUGAGUUGAAACGAAUUCGAUCGAAUGAAGAUGGCAAAUCCAGAUCUGUGGGUCGCAAGCUUCAGCAAUUCUACGAGUCGCAGAAUGAGCAAAUCGAAAUGCUUCUGAAGCCGGUAGAGGAUCACCGGGCUGAAGCAAAACAGGCUGAAGGUGAUAAUCAGUUGAAAUAUAGAAUCGCUGUUUAUGGUUCUUUUGCGGCCAAUAUUAUCCUGGCAGCUCUACAAAUUUACGGAGCUGCAUCUUCUGGCUCUCUGUCGCUUAUCACCACAAUGGCAGACGCUAUUUUUGAUCCCAUGUCAAACAUCACUCUAAUUCUUGCUAAUAGAGCCGUCAAUCAUGUGGACAGUCGACGAUUCCCGUCUGGAAAAGCUCGUAUCGAGACAGUAGGUAACAUCACUUUCUGUUUUCUUAUGAGUGCUGUAGGAGCAAUUAUUAUAGUUCUUUCGGCUCGAGACAUUGCUGGUGGAAAUUCCGAAGAGACCAAGAAAUUCCAUCUUCCAUCAGUAAUUGCUGUAGCAGUGGCCUUUUGUACAAAGUUUGCACUAUGGCUCUAUUGUUGGGCGCUCAAAGAUACAUACAGCCAGGUCAAUAUUCUGUGGCAGGACCAUCGAAACGACUUGUUCAUCAAUGGUUUUGGUAUUCUCACUUCAGUAGCUGGUUCUAAACUAAGAUGGUGGAUUGAUCCCAUGGGUGCUAUCAUCCUGUCAGUCUUUAUUGACAUCGUCUGGCUGCGUACUGCAACCCAGGAAUUCCUCCUGCUCAUUGGUCAGACUGCUGAUAACAGCAUCCAGCAACUCAUAACAUAUCUGGCUGUCACUCAUAGUCCGGAAAUUGACCAGGUCGAUACCGUUCGUGUGUACCACUCUGGUCCACGACUAAUUGCCGAGGUAGAUGUUGUCAUGAACGAGAACAUGACUCUAAAAGAAACCCACGAUAUCGCAGAAGCGCUUCAAUUCAAGCUCGAGAGCCUUCCUGAUGUAGAACGAGCCUACGUCCAUGUCGACUAUGAAACCAGUCACAAACCCGAACACUUUCUCAAAAAAGAACUGUAA